AUGGCGACCCUCAAAGAUCGUCAGAUAAAUGCUAUCAAGCAGAUGCUGAACCUUAAUCAACCGCUCGCAAAAGCAAUAUCGGCGGAACCAGUAUGGAAAUUGUUGAUAUACGAUCGUACAGGGCAGGACAUUAUUUCGCCGCUGAUAUCCAUUCGCGAGCUGCGGGAAAUGGGCAUCACGCUGCAUAUCCAACUGCAUUCCGAUCGAGAUUCCAUUCCGGACGUACCGGCGAUUUACUUCUGUGCACCAACGGAAGAAAAUCUUGGACGCAUUGCGCAGGAUUUUCAGAAUGGCCUGUACGACGUGUACCACCUAAACUUCAUAGCACCGAUAUCGCGACAGAAGCUGGAAGAUCUCGCAGCAGCUGCCUUGCAGGCCGGCUGCGUGGCAAACAUCCACAAAGUGUACGAUCAGUAUUUAAACUUCAUAACGCUGGAAGACGAUAUGUUCGUACUGAAACACCAAAACAGUGAUGCAUUGUCUUAUUACGCCAUCAAUCGUGCUAAUACGCAGGAUGUCGAAAUGGAGUGCAUAAUGGACAGCAUUGUGGAUAGUUUGUUUGCCGUGUUUGUUACACUCGGGACCGUUCCAAUCAUACGCUGCCCAAAAAAUAGUGCCGCCGAAAUGGUGGCCCGAAAGCUGGAGAAAAAACUGCGCGAAAACUUGUGGGACGCUCGGAACAAUCUGUUCCACAUGGAUGCUACCCAGACGGGUGCGUUUAGCUUCCAGCGGCCACUCUUGGUUCUGCUCGAUCGGAGCAUCGACAUGGCGACGCCAUUGCAUCAUACCUGGACGUAUCAAGCGUUGGCCCACGACGUGCUGGAGCUUGCCCUGAAUCGUGUCGUGGUGGAAGAGGAUCCAGCUGCCGAUCAGCAGCAGUACGCUGCGACGGGAGCAAAACCAAAGAUGAAAGCGUGCGAUUUGGAUUCACGUGACCGGUUCUGGUGCACGCACAAAGGAAGCCCAUUUCCUACGGUGGCGGAAGCAAUACAGGAAGAGCUCGAACAGUAUCGCUCGUCGGAGGAGGAAAUCAAGAAGCUUAAGACGACGAUGGGAAUCGACGGGGAAUCGGAUGUUGCUUUCUCGAUGGUGAACGAUAACACGGCCAAACUGACGAACGCGGUUAACUCAUUGCCGCAGUUACUGGAAAAGAAACGGCUUAUCGAUAUGCAUACGAAGAUUGCGACUUCAAUACUAAACUACAUAAAGUCGCGUCGUUUGGAUUCAUUUUUCGAGUUGGAGGAAAAAAUCAUGUCAAAGCAGGCCUUGGACCGUGCGUUGAGCGAGCUGUUGAAGGAUCCCGAAUUCGGGCUUCCCGAGGACAAGAUGCGGUUAUUCAUCAUCUAUUUCAUAUGUAGCAACGUAAGCGAUGCGGAAUUCAAACGUGUCGAAGAAUCGUUGAAAGAGUGCGGUUGUGAUUUGUCUCCACUGCCUUACAUACAACGAUGGAGGAGUAUCAUGAAAAGCACUCUAGCAAAUUCCAACCAAUAUGAGGGAAGUGGCACAAAAACCGUCUCUAUGUUUUCAAAACUAGUGUCCCAAGGGUCGUCGUUUGUGAUGGAGGGAGUAAAAAAUUUAGUCGUCAAACGACAUAAUCUUCCAGUUACUAAAAUCACGGAGCAGCUAAUGGAAUGUCGUUCCGGGGGAUCUGAGGUGGACGACUACCUGUACUUGGAUCCGAAGUUGCUCAAGGGUAACGAUGUGUUACCAAAGAACCGAGCACCGUUCCAGGACGCCAUCGUGUUUGUGGUGGGUGGAGGCAACUACAUCGAGUAUCAGAAUUUGGUGGAUUUCAUAAAAUCGAAGCAAAGCACAAACAGCAUUAGACGCAUCAUCUAUGGUGCUUCAACGCUUACAAACGCGAAACAAUUUCUAAAACAAUUGUCACUGCUUGGUCAGGAGAUUACAAGUGUAUAGAGCAGGUCUUGUGUUCGUCCAGUGCGCCGCAGUGGAAUUGACCGUUGUUUUGGCGUUUCUCAACAUGGGAGCGCCGCGUGUGAGCUUAGCUAGGUAAAAUGUUGGGUUAGCUGGACCAUUAGAUAUGAUACGCGGUUAGUAAA